UGCAAUUACAAAAGGAGAAGUCAUACAGGUCUUCGGGAAGUACCUACAGUACUGCAAUGGAGAAUCCACUGGGGAGGACAGAUAAUGGGCAGAAAAUAUCAUUCAUACCAAAGUUUUCUAAAGUUUUCUUCAAUAAUGAUGCAGAUUUUCACUCUCGCAAUGGUGGAGAUGGAUUUAAUCGAUGGGCUAUUCUGUGUCUGGGACUGCUGAACUUUGUUCUGCUGAUAGUUGCUGUUGUUCUUGGGAUUAACUGUGCCAAAGUCAAACAGGGUUCCCCCCAGGUUUCCCACUCAGCUGCAACACAGCUCAUCGACGAGCUGAACUAUCUCCGUAGCAACCACAGCGACGUGAUCGAGGCCGAAGAGGAGGCCAAGAAGGAGCUACAGAGGGAGAUCAAAAACCAUGCACAGCUAAAGGUGCAAAUUCAGCAGCUGAAGACCGUGAAUAACGGUUAUCAGAGACAGAUCGAGGGACUGCGAGCAGAGAAGACAGCUCUGCAGUCCAAUAUGUCAGCUUUGGAGGGAACCUGUGGUAGAUGCCUCUCUUCGUGGACUCUUCUCAACUCAACCUGCUAUUUCUUUUCUUACACUGAAUCCUCCACUGUCAAGAGGAACUGGCCAGAUAGCAGAGCAGACUGUAUCAGCCGUGGAGCCGACCUGGUUGUGAUUGAUAACCCUGAGGAGCAGACAUUUCUGAGUGACAUGAUAGAAACCAUGAAAGGUAACCGUAACGUGUGGGACAGUGGAUUCUGGAUCGGUCUCACCGACACAGGGACAGAGGGGACAUGGGUCUGGAUUAAUAAUGUCACCGAGGUGGAACAGAGGUACUGGAUGGAAGGAGAACCAAACGACCAAGGAUAUCAGGGAGAGGACUGUGCUGUUGCCGUUCAUAGUUCCUCUAGUCCCUGGAAGACCCGGUAUGAUGGAAACUGCCAGAAGAAAAAGAUACACUGGAUAUGUGAAAUACCAUCAAAAUAAACCUUGGAUACAUUCCUGGCAUACCGCUGAAGCAGAAAAUACAGGCACAUGUUUGUAAAUGUCUUUAAUAAAAUAACUUUAAAUGUG